AUGCCGGGAACAUCAGGAUCGUCGUCCGCAGAUGAGGGGCCCAUAUACUUCUGGAGGGAAACCGAGGAGCCCUACGGGUGGAUGUCUCAGUGGUACGCGUACCGGAUGCGAGAUGCUUCAGACAGCACCAUAGUCUAUCCGACAGCGGAGCACUACAUGAUGUACCAAAAAGCGAAACUCUUCGAAGACGACAAGACCGCAGACAAGAUCCUUGCCGGCAAGGACCUUCAUCCACGCAAGAUCAAGGAGCUGGGGCGCGAGGUCGCCGGCUUUGACGAAUCGACUUGGGUAGCGGAGAGGGAGCAGAUUGUAGAAAAGGGGACCUGGUUGAAAAUGACCAAGCCACUUCGUGACAAGCAAGUGAACCUGGGAGAGUUGCUUCUAGAGACUGGAGACAGGGAGCUGGUAGAGGCGAGCCCGUUCGAUCGAGUGUGGGGCGUGGGGUUCCGGGCCAAGGAUGCUGAGAACAAUAGGGAACGUUGGGGGUUGAAUUUACUGGGCAAGGCGUUGAUGGCUGUCCGCGAGAGGCUCAAGGAGGACGGUGGAGAGCGCAAGGUGGACGAGAAAGGGAAGGGAGAGACGGCGGGAGGGGAGGUCCCUUCGGUCAACUUGGUCUCCCAGAAGCGCCUCGCGGCCGAUGUCCUCGGCUGCGGUGAGCGCAAGAUUUGGCUCGAUCCCAACGAGGUCAACGAGAUCUCCAACGCCAACUCCCGCCAGUCCAUCCGCAAGCUCGUCGCCGAUGGCCUCAUCAUCCGAAAGCCCGUCACCAUGCACUCGCGUGCCCGCGCGCGUGAGCUGAACCUCGCCCGAAGAAUUGGUCGCCACCGUGGUUUCGGAAAGAGGAAGGGUACCGCCGAUGCCCGUAUGCCUGAGCAAAUCCUCUGGAUGCGCCGCCAGCGUGUUCUCCGCCGCCUGUUAGUCAAGUACCGUGCCAGCGGCAAGAUCGACAAGCACCUUUACCACGAGCUGUACCACGCCGCCAAGGGUAACACCUUCAAGCACAAGCGCGCCCUGGUUGAGCACAUCCACCGCGCCAAGGCUGAGAAGGCCCGUGAGAGGCAGCUCAAGGAGGAGAUGGACGCCAAGCGUGCGAAGACCAAGGCUGCCCGCGAGCGCAAGGUGGAGCGACAGACGGCGAAGCGGAACGCCCUGAUGGAGGGUCUGGAGGAGGAGAAAUAA